AUGGAGAUAGGGAAUUACUCAGCUGUGACCGAAUUCUUUCUGGUGGGACUUUCCCAAUAUCCAGAGCUCCAGCUCUUUCUGUUUGCACUCUGUCUCAUCAUGUAUGUGAUAAUCCUCCUGGGAAAUAGCCUCCUCAUUAUCAUCAGUAUCCUCGAUUCUCGCCUUCACACUCCUAUGUAUUUCUUCCUUGGGAACCUCUCAUUCUUGGACAUCUGCUACACAUCAUCAUCUGUUCCUCCAAUGCUCAUCAUAUUUAGGUCUGAGAGAAAAUCCAUCUCCUUCAUUGGCUGUGCUCUGCAGAUGGUUGUCUCUCUUGGUUUGGGCUCCACUGAGUGUGUCCUCCUGGCUGUGAUGGCCUAUGACCGGUAUGUGGCUAUCUGCAACCCAUUGAGGUACCCCAUCAUCAUGAACAGGGUGCUUUAUGUGCACAUGGCUGCCUGGUCUUGGAUCAUAGGCUAUCUAAACUCCUUAGUACAAACCAUCCUAACAAUGGUAUUGCCCUUCUGUGGGAAUAACAUCAUUGACCACCUUACCUGUGAGAUUCUGGCUCUUCUUAAACUCAUAUGUGCAGACAUCUCCAUAAAUGUGCUUAUCAUGACAGUGGCAAAUAUUGUUUUAUUGAUGAUUCCUCUACUGUUAAUUUUUAUCUCCUAUGUUUUCAUCCUCUCUUCCAUCCUAAGAAUUAAUUCUGCUGAAGGGAGAACAAAAGCCUUUUCUACCUGUUCAGCCCACCUGACUGUAGUCAUCUUAUUCUAUGGUUCUGCCCUUUUUAUGUACAUGAAGCCCAAGUCAAAGGACACAAAAGCAUCUGAUGAAAUCAUUGGACUGUCUUAUGGAGUAAUAACCCCAAUGUUGAACCCUAUCAUCUACAGCCUGAGGAAUAAAGAAGUAAAAGAAGCAGUGAAGAAAUUAUAA